CAGACGACUCAUGCGCCAGACUAUGUCGGCUUGACCAUUCUUCUUGCAGCAUGGAUUUUGAUCAUCGUCUUUGUCAAUCCGUUCCACCGCAUGUUCUUCAUCAACGACCUGCGCAUCUCCUAUCCUCAUGCCGAACAUGAGCGCGUCACCGUCCCUCUCAACUUUCUCUACGCCCUCUUCAUCCCCCUAGGCAUCCUCAUCGCCUACAACACCAUCACCCGCGCCUCCACCCACAAGCACGAGGCCACAUACCUCUCGCUCGCCAUCUCCAUCGUCCUCGCCUCCUUUCUCACAGACGUUGUCAAAAACGCCGUCGGCCGCCCCCGCCCAGACCUCCUCGCCCGCUGCCAACCCCACGCCGACACGAAGCCAAACGUCCUCGUCGACAUCUCCGUCUGCACCGCGUCCGACGGCCACGUCCUCCAGGACGGCUGGCGCUCCUUUCCGUCGGGCCACUCGUCCUUCUCCUUUGCCGGCCUCGGCUUCCUCAGCCUCUUCCUCGCCGGCCAGCUGCACGUCUUCAACUACCCCUCGGGCGGCCGCGACCUCAGCCGCGCGCUGCUCUGCCUCGCGCCCCUCCUCGGCGCCGCCCUCAUCGCAAUCUCCCGCUGCGAAGACUACCGCCACGACGUCUACGACGUGUGCAUCGGCUCCGCCCUGGGCAUGACCGUCGCCUACUGGAGCUACAGGAGGCACUUCCCGCGCCUCUCGGGGCCAAAGUGCCACGAGCCGCACCCGCACCCUGCCGACGAGGCGGUCCAGGCCGGCUGGCAGCGUGUGAGGGAUGAAGAAGAGCAAGGUAGUGAGCUGGCCUUUUCUCCGGGGGUUCGACGAUAUUGA